ACCUUCAGAACGUUCACGAUGGAUAGUGAUGAUGAUGGCUUGGAGAACCUGAGGCUGCAGUUCCAAGCACUGCAGGCACAGCAGGAGAAACGUCUGCAGAAACGGAUGGAGAAGAAGAGAGAGAAGGAGAGCCCCAGCGACCAGGAUGACCUAAAACUCACAGAGCUGGACGGGAACCCUCCAGACGACCUGAGUAAAAGGUUGUUGCAGGAUGAGAACGAGCAGCUGCAGGACCAGGUGAGGGAGCUUUGUGAUGAAAACGGCAGGCUGUAUAAAUUGCUGAAGGAGAAAGACUUUGAGAUCCAACACCUAAAGAGAAAAAUGGAGGAAGACAAACAGACUUUAGCAGGCACAGCUGGCAUGAGCGGAGACGUGGCUGCCACCAAGAUAGUCCAGCUGGCAAAGAAGAACAGAGAGCUGGCCGCUGAGAUCGAGCGAGAGAAGAACAAAGUCAAACAGACCAGCAACAGGGUUAGAGACCUGGAAAAGGAGCUGCAAGGCGCAUUAUCCUUUCCUUUUACUCCUGAAGAAAAGAAGAUGACUCCAAAUCCGCUUCAUUCAAGAUCUACAGAGGAAUUUUCGCCAUACAGCUCAGAGGUGAAAACCCUUCAGGAGAAACUGGCUGCUGCCAAUUUCAAAAUGACUGAAUAUCGCAACCAGAUCCAAGCGGUGAAGCAAGAGCUGAAGAUAGCUCAGAAGGUGUUGACCAGCGAGGUGGGUGAAGACGUGAGCAUCCAGCAGCUGCUCGGCUCUCCUGGGAACUGGCGUGGGCGCUCCCAGCAGAUCCUGGUCCUUCAGAGCAGGGUGCGAGAUCUGGAGCAGCAGUUGGGCCAGGCCAGCCAGAUGAAGCGGCCAUCUGUACUCAGCCUGGAAGAAGAGAUGAUGGGGAGGAACCCCCCACUGCAAGACAGGAACAUCAGUCACCUCCGCGCCAUGGAGCGCGAUAGAAAGGACAUGCUUGAGAAGUUGAAUGGCGAUUACGCGGCCCUUCUACGGGAGCACGAGGAGGCAAAGAAGAAGCUUGAAGGAUCUAGAGCAAGGAACAAGGUCCUGAGCUCUGAGGUGAAGUCCCUCAAGAGCCAAGUCUCCACCCUGUUGGAGAAGGGCAAACACGACGAUGAGCUGGUGGAUGCGCUGCUGAAACAGCAGAAGCAGCUUCAGGACGUUCUGGGGCGCCUAAGCCAGCAGGAGCUGCAGACCAAGGAGGCCGAGCAGAACCUGGGCCAGCAGCUGAGCAGCGAGGCUCAGCGGCACGGCUCCCUCAUCCAGCAGCUCAAGCACAUGGUGUCCGAGAGGGAGGCCAAGGUCAAAGAGCUGGAGGAGGAGAUCCGACAGCUGUCGCUCAAGAGAAAUGACGGUGAGGAAACGUGUUCCACGUUUACAGUGUCUGGUUCCAGACCUCCAACAACAGGGAGCAGUAAGAGUGACAGACUGUCUUCCCGCGCUGUUUCCAAACUCGGCCACAAACUCGUGGAGACGGCGACCACGGCGCCUCCGUCGGGAACCAGCUCUGCGGUCGGGUCGGUCAUACGCCCCCCCUUCUUUUCUUACUCACCCAUCGUCAUGGAGACGUGUCUACUGGUCGUAAAUUUUCUGACCGCCGUGUCAGACUCGCUGUCUCUCGAUGUAGAGAUGAAGGCCUUGAAGGCUCAGUGUUCUGAGUACAAGGCCCUGUAUUUGGCUGCCACUGUGGAGAGAGAUAAGCUCAUGGAGUUAGUGAAGUUAUGGGAAGCCAGGGAGCAGGAGGCCAAGCAGAAGGCCCUGGAGGUGGAGCAGAAGCUCCAGGGGGAGAGGCGGAGAGCUGUGCUCCUGGAGCAGCAGCUGGAGAAGGCCAGGCUGGACGAGGGGAAGGCCGGGGUCUCUGCCAGGGCCAGCAACAGGGGCAGGGCAGGCAUGUCGAGCAGCUACACAGGGCUGUCUGUAAACCAGGCCGACGUAUCCCCCAGGAGUCCUGCUGGCCCGGAAACAGAGGCGCAGAUGAAUGAGCUCAACACCAAGUUGGCCAUUCAGCUGGACGAGAACGAGGCCCUGAAGGCUGCCCUCCAGAGCACGCUCCGGGCCAAAGAGGAGGACCUGCGUCUCUACAGCGACAUGAUGAGCCAAGUCAAGCACGUCUUCCUGCAGGCUCUGAGGCAGCACAAACAGGAGGCCGGCACGGCCAGCUAGCGCCCGCCACCAUGCCGGUCGCGUGGACCCAACAGAGCGCGUCCAGGAGUCCUCCCAAGCCCCCAGGUUUUUCUUCUGCCAGACCUGUUACAGGCCUAAUGCGAUCGAUAAGCUCUUUGACUGGACACGUGCACGUAGACGCAAGUCAGACCUGCUGUACUUAAUAGCAGCCACAAUCGCAGUCAGAGAUAAAGGGUGUGAUUUGGACACCGGACCUCCAGUAAGGACCAAUAAGCCAGGUUGCUUGAGGCCUUCCAGAAACGUGAAUAGAUAUUGUUGCGCCUGUCAGAAAUGUUUAUGUCUCAAUUAUUUUACUAAAUCCUGUUCUUGUGUGCAGUUAGAUCUGUGUUUCUAUAUUUGUCCUGGCACCUGCAAUUAUGUGAAACAAGAAGCAGGAUAUAUUAAGUAGAGUGCACUCUGUUCACUUAAAUGCUUAAAAGAGUAAGAUAAUACACAAUAUGAUGACUCAGUGUAUGAGGCUGUGUGAAACCUAGCGUGGCCUUAACUCAGAAACGAAUAAUUAUGGAUGAAAACAAAUGCUGCACAGCUCCUGUUUUCCUGUUAUCAGUUAAAGAGAGAAGCAACAAGGUGCUUAAAGGUACAAUAGGUAUUUCGGACUCCUAACGGUCAAGAGAGGAAUUGCUACAACAGACAACCUCAAACCACAACACUGUUUAAGCUUCCCAUAGUCUAUGAAUAGAACACGUAAUAUCAAUCGUUAGUAUACAGUUAGUUCAGGGUUCUCGUGCACUGUUUUGGAAAGCUGACAGUGACAAAUGCAACAGAGCCUGCUGUCUUUUCAUAGUGUUCUAGUAAGAAAAUGUUCGCCGAACAAGUGACUUUAUGAAAUCUUGACUUUGGUGUGCUACACUUUUUAUAGUUUUCAUUUUAGCUAACCAACUAUUUUGUGAGCAAGCAAGUUAUUUGGCUGUGUAAUUAGCUGGCUAUAUAACUAAGAUAUGAUAGUCUACCAGAAACGAUGCAACUGCAACUUGCAGUUUGAGAGAAAUAAAGGUUACAGAAUAAGCUCCAAGAAUGCCAUUGGCUGUGGCAGUUGGAACCAUUUUUCAACCAAUGAGCUUUAAUUGCUGUACAGCUGUACAAUGUUUUGAUGCAUUUGACGACCCUACAAAUGUAUGCUUUGAAACCCGAAAUUUAGGACUAUAAACACAGGCAGAGGGUGAGUCAACAUGUCAGUGAGCCUUUUUCAAUCAUAGGAAGGGAUUUCCAAUGGUCUUGUAACAAUGUAACACAAAAGUCUUACCUAUUGUACAUUUAUAGAAGUGAUUUACAUUUUAUUUUUUAUGAGGGGGCCUUGCCUUGUUAAGAUACGGCAUUGUACGGUAGUUUUACAGAGGUAAUUGCUGGAACCACGUAAGAAUUGUGAUAAAAGAUACUGUUUCUAAUCCAAGAUUUUAGGCUCUGUCUGGUUUAAAUUUAUGUAUGUUGCUCCGACGAUGCUGUAUGGUUAUUUUUUUUACAUGGCUUCUCAACUUGAUGCGAAAUUGCUGUGUUGCUGUGUUUAGCUGUUCUUUAACUGUGAG